GGAGCCCGGCGCAGCCCAGCGCAGCCCCCCGAGCUGCGGGAUGGUGGCGGCGGGGGGGGACGCGGCGGGGCUGCCGAUGGCUCCGAGCGCCGUGUAACGGGAGAGGGCCCUGAGCCACGCGGGGCGAAGGCAGCGCGAUCGCGGGAGGAGCCCCCGGGGUGUCUCCCCCCCCCCCUCCGGCGAGGAGGCCGCGGGAGCCCCCCUCUCCUCCUCCUCCUCCUCCGCCUCCCGCUCCCCCCCCCCCCCCCAAAAAAAAAAAAAAAAAAUAAAACCUCCUCCCAGCGCACCAAGGAACGAUGAAAAAAAAUAAUUCUGCGAAAAGGGGGCACCAGGAUGGAAACCAGCAACCUGCGCAGCCGGAGAAGGUCGGCUGGGUGCGGAAAUUUUGCGGGAAAGGCAUUUUUAGGGAAAUCUGGAAAAACCGUUAUGUGGUUCUGAAGGGAGAUCAGCUUUACAUCUCGGAGAAGGAGGUAAAAGAUGAAAAAACCAUACAGGAAAUGUUCGACCUGAGUGACUACGAGAAAUGUGAAGAGCUCAGGAAGUCCAAAAGUAGAAGCAAAAAGAACCACAGCAAAUUUACCCUCGCCCACUCCAGGCAGCCUGGAAACACGGCACCAAACCUGAUCUUCCUGGCCGUGAGUCCGGAAGAGAAAGAGUCCUGGAUUAACGCCCUCAACUCUGCGAUCACACGCGCCAAAAACCGCAUCUUGGACGAGGUCACUGUGGAAGAGGACAGCUUCCUCGCCCACCCGACGCGCGACAGGGCCAAGAUCCAGCACUCCCGGCGCCCUCCCACGCGGGGACACCUGAUGGCUGUGGCAUCUACCUCAACCUCCGACGGCAUGCUGACCCUCGACCUGAUCCAGGAGGAAGACGCCUCUCCGGAGGAUCACGGCACCUGCGAGGAGAGUUUCCGGGUGGAUCUGGACAAGUCCAUGGCACACCUCACUGCCGGGCGGCGCCGCUCCGACUCGGAGAACACCAAGGCGCCGGAGAAAGGGCGGACGGGGAGCCUCCCACGGCGGGAGGUGACCUCGUGGGACAGGGCCGGGCAGCGCAAGGACUCCUUCGACAAAGGGACCAUGUACACGCCGCAGGUCCCCAAAAAGCUCUCGUACUCAGAAAAGAAUAAAUGUGCCUCCAUGGAAGAGAUCCUGUCCCGACGGGACUCUUCCGCGCACCGGGCGGUGCUGAGGAGGGGGCUGGAGGCUCAGUUUGCCUCGGCAGAGCCGGAGCAGCUGUCCCGGAUACAGGAACUGGUUGCACUGAAACUGGAAAAAACUCAGGAACUGCUGACGGAGGUGAAGGGCUACGGGGAAGGCAAAAGAAAGACCAAGGACUCCAACACCAGCACCACCAGCACCACCACCACCACCUCUUCUUCCUCAUCACCUUCCAAGUCGGACUCUGAAAGGAUCCUGCAGGAAUCUGAGAGGCUGCUGGGGGAGGCUUCCUCCACCUGGAGCCAAGCCAAGAGGGUGCUGCAGGAGAUCAAAGAGCUGAGGGACCUGUACAAACAGUUUGAGCUGCAGCAGUCAGACUCGAAGCCCAAACAGAGCUCACAGUCGCAGUUCAGGAAGAGCAUGAUGUGAAGGCAAGCCUUGGGAUGGGAGGGAGGGACCGGGGAUGGCGGCUGUCUGGUCUGUUUUUUUUUUUUUAAUUAUUAUUAUUUACAGUGUUCGAAAGAGUGAAAAGGUGCCUGUUCUCACCCAAAUUUGCUUCUCAAAGCUUGGACCCUUCCUUUCCUCCAGCGCAUCCCCUGAUGAAUCAACCCUGUGUUCCAAUAAAUCAGUUACAGUUUAUACCUCCUUUGUAAGAGCUCCCUUUGCACCACAGGCCCCGGGUUGUGCCGUGCUCAGAGGGCAGGAGAGAGCACUGGCUCCCAGGAAGUGCCCGUGCCUGCCUGGAGCAGCCCCUGGGGCGGAGGCUCUCUCCCUGGACAAGCCCUGGCGUUGCUGCUCCCGUGUCCGGGCUGUGUCCCAGACCACAGCUCCUUUACCUGGAGGCUCAUCUCAGAAACAAAUGACACAAAAAGGUCAUAAAAGGUGUCCAUCCCCUCCAGUGCCUGGGAGUUUCCAUUAUCCAGGACAUGAAGAUGCUGGAAGUCCAGGCUGGUCCCCAGCGUUACAUGGGCAGCUCGUGGAGCUCUGUCCUGGCACAGUCCCUUGGAGAAUUUGGGGUUGGCAGCUGUUACUUUGGGGUGCACACAGAACCUCUGGAAGGGCAGCAGGGAUGCAAUCCAUGUCCACCCUGAUCCCUUCAGGCCAUGGAUGCCUCACAGACCCCCUUGGCCCCGAGCGAUGGGAGGUAGCAGUGAUGUGUCUUCCCUUCUGUGCAACCAGAGGAUCAAAGCCUUGGAUCUGACAGCCCACACAGGGGGUUGGGGGGGCUUUGGGAUUUUAAAUUUCAUUUCUCUUCUAUUUUUUAACCUUUUCUUUGAGUUGAGGGGGCAGCAGCCGGACACCACAAGCCAGCAGCAGGUUCGGUGGGCUCGGCUCUGCUCUCUCAGGUGUCACAGUCAGACAGCAGCAGGUUUGGUAGGUUUGGCUCUGCUCUCUCAGGUGUCACAGUCAGACAGCAGCAGGUACUGUGCUUGUGCUGCCCUGGCUCAGAAUCAGCCCCGCUGGAAGGAAAGCUGAGCCCAGAGCUGAGCUCAGAUCCCUCAGGUGACGCCGAGCGCUGGGCUCGAGGGCUGGCUCAGCUUUCACACCUGUGAGCAGGACGUGGUGAUGUCUCACAGGUUCACCCAUGUGGCAACAUCCAACUGUUCCUGGGUUUUUUUUAAAAGGAAACCUAAUUCCGGUACCUACAUUGCAAAUAGUCCACGAAAAUAUUAAACCCACUGAGUUAUUUCCU